CUUUCAAGAAAGGAAAAGCUUGCUGAUUUGGAGGGAAGAGGGGAGAACGAGAAAAGAGAACGAAGGGGGAGAGAUGGCGGGAAUGGGCGAUGGGUACGUGGGCACGGCGCAGGACGCGGUGAGGAUACGGAGGUUGGAGAAGCAGAGGGAGGCCGAGAGGAGGAAGAUACAGGAGCUCAAGAACAAGUCUGCCUCCUCCGGCGGCCAGACCGGCCUUCUCCAGUUUGGCUCCGGAACCUCGGAGAUACUUGAGACUGCCUUCAAAAAGGAAACUGUUGGACUCGUUACCAGGGAGCAGUAUGUUGAGAAGAGGGUUAACAUUCGAAAUAAAAUUGAGGAAGAAGAGAAAGAAAAACUUCAGAAGCUGCAGCAAGAAGAAGAAGAGCUUCAAAUGCAAAAAAGGAAGAAGAGGAGGGUAAAAGGGAAUCCACGUCUUUCAUUUACUGAUGACAUUGACAAUGGAAGUGAAGAGGAAGAAGAAGCUCAAGGUAAAGAAUAUAAAAGACAUGGAAAACUCGGCAAGGAUCCUACAGUCGAGACUAGCUUUUUGCCUGACAGUGAGAGGGAAGCUGAGGAACAAGCUGAACGUGAAAGAUUGCGGAAGCAGUGGCUUCGUGAACAGGAGCAGAUCCGAAAUGAACCACUUGAAAUCACAUACAGCUAUUGGGAUGGAGCUGGUCAUAGGAGAGUUAUACAGGUUCGGAAGGGUGACACCAUUGGAGAAUUUUUACGGGCUGUUCAGCAGCAACUUGCACCUGAAUUCAGGGAGAUUAGAACAACAUCCGUUGAGAAUCUCCUCUACGUAAAAGAGGAUCUAAUCAUCCCCCAUCAACAUAGUUUCUAUGAGCUAAUCAUCAACAAGGCAAGAGGCAAGAGUGGACCACUGUUUCAUUUUGAUGUUCAUGAAGACGUUAGAACAAUUGCGGAUGCAACCAUAGAGAAGGAUGAGUCUCAUGCAGGAAAAGUGGUCGAAAGACACUGGUAUGAGAAGAAUAAACAUAUUUUUCCUGCUUCAAGAUGGGAGAUAUAUGAUCCGACGAAGAAAUGGGAACGCUAUACCAUUCAUGGGGAUUGAGUGUGGAGUUCAUCCGUGGCAUCCUUUUUCAUCUUUCAUGAUGAGGAUUUGUUUGUGCAAGAGGUUGACGCCGACCGGCAACGUGACUGGCAGCUUAUCAGUGACUGGUCCGACCAGCUAAGCCAGCCAGACUCAUUAGGUCUCUCUCUCUCGCUCUCUUUUAGGCUUUUCUUUAUGCUUCGCUCAGUUAAAGUUGGGCUUUACUCGGCAACCAAACGACGACGAACGUGCAUUUUCCGCCACAAGUGGGUCGGCUCAUUUUAGCUUGUCAAUGUUGAGUGGGAAAAGAUUAUGUCAACUGGGCACAUAGGAAGAUAGGGGGUGGAGAUCUAUAAUUGAAUUCCAGCCAAUAAACUUCAACUACUUCUGUUGAAUGCGGCAAGCGUGUAAGCGUGAGGACUAUGGCUUCCAAUUUUGACCUUGCCCUGGCUUUAGUCAAAUACAAUUUCCUACAUCCACGAUUGUCUUGAAUAUGGAUCAACCAG